AUGGACCGCGCAUUUGUGUCUGUAUGUGCUGAGUUCUCUUCAUCGUAUCGCAACUGGAACGCGGAGUUCCAGUUGGCGUGGGAGAUGGAGGACAACACCAUUUCACAGGCCGAGAGCCGCAUGGAGGCUCUUCGCCGCGUCGAGGAGGAAUUUGUGGCGGAGGCCGUGUACACUGUAAGGCAGAUCGUCACGCUUGAUGACGACGGGCCACGGGAGCUGCCCAAGUUCCUGCAGUGCUAUCGCGUCGACAACAUCUUCUUCCGUGUUUUACCGGACAGUCGUUCUGGGCGUAACUAUGUGGCGUCGCUCCGCGGUGUACUGCAGAGUCGAACCCGUCUGAUGACUGUGCCGCUCUCAUGUAUGCUAUUCUACCGGGGAAUGCCGGUGCUGGCGCAGGCCCUCGUCCCGAUGCCACGGCAACCCACCCGGCUUUACGGCGCGGAUUCUACAAACGAUAAGGAAGUGGAGGCGGAAAUUGUUCAGAUAUCUGAGGCACUUAACAUCCCACUACCGGACGAUAUUAUUUGUAAUGUUUACCAGGGUCUUGAUGGCCGGUGGUACUGCACGUCGACAAACAUAACCACCAUUCCCAUUAGCCAGAGCCUCCCCACCGGUUCUGCUUUAAAGCGCCAAGAGAUGCUCGUGUUCUGCGCCGCCGUGACAAGUGGACCAGAGGAUGUGCUCGCGGUGCUGCGUGCCCCGCCCGUAUUGGAUGCAUUGACCCAGCUGAAAGAUCUCAGCCAGGAACAUGCUCAAGCGCAGCUGUGUGACACGUUGCAUUUCUAUGGCGUAAACUUUUGCUUCCUUAAGGAUGUGUUGAGUACGUUUGUUGCACUCCGUGCGAAUGACACCGGGACAGUGAGGGCACUAGAGACGUGCGUCGCCGUGGAGAUGAUGGCGCGGGCUAUCAAGCAGGAGUUUUACCUGCGAGUGCAAGCUAACAGAACAGCAUACGAUGAUGCGACCCUGCAGAAUGAUAUUGCGCGACAUAUCGCGCGUUGCUUGGAUGAGAGACAGUUCAAACAGUGUUUUGUUCCUGUCCUGAAGCGUAAGUACAAUGUAUCUUCUAAAGAAAACAACAUCAUUGACCUCUGCAAUAAUACACGCCUCUCUAAAAGGCAUGAUAUCAUUGCGCGCCUUUCCAUCCUUGUUGGGGCUCGAUCGCAUGAACCAGAUGCAGCGUCAGGGAAUAGAAUCGCGUGGCUGCCGAGGUCCCAUUCGAGUGUUGUGCCACUGCUGUCGGAUCCCAGCACGGCCGCGGUUCUCGCAGCGCAGUACAAUGUGACAAAAACAACAGACGGUCACAUGUAUGCAUUUUGCCUGCCGCUGCAGUCAAAAGUGGCAUCCUGGGAGAAUAAAUUUGGGAAUGCUCUUCAGUAUGCACGUUUGGUAGCCAAAGAAGUGAAAGCGCGACAUGGUCAAUCAAGCCUUCCACAUCUUUACGCUCUUCGCAAUCUGUGCGAGCUGCUUUUUAGUAGCAAUUCGGUUGAACUUCUCACGGAGGGGCGUAAACACCUUGGGAAUAUGUUGCAUGGAUUUCGCACGAAGGCAGGACCGCUUACCAUGUUGCGACGCUACGUCGAGUCUGGGUGCUGGCUUUUGGGCGCCUCCGCCAUUAUAGAUUUAAAGGAAAAAGCGUUGAGGCACUUCGAAUCAGCUGCGCAGCUGGUUCCUGCAUAUCUGCGCAGUGAUGCUGGGGCAUGGCUGUACAUUCGGCCCUUCUUGGGUGUACUGCGCUGCAAGCAGGCGAUGCGACCGCAAGUGCAUGUUGACAUCUCAGCGAUAGUGGCUGACACCAAGAAGUUGGCGACCCUGGUGACCCCCGCCGUCUACUUUGUGGAGUACCUGUGGGAGCUUGGAAUGGAACUGCGGUUAGACAAGAGGUACGAUGCGGCGGCUAGGACGCUCCAGAGGGCCCUACGCAUGUGCAGAAAGGUCCCGCGCUCUGACUUAGACAUCAUUGCGCUAACGCAAGACCUCAUCAACGUAUACCGAGCGUGGGACCCAGCCAAGUACGCUGCAUACUGCGAUGCGCUGCUGACCGCCAUGCCGAGAUCGCCCAGUGCCAACGUUUCUCGGCCGAGCGACUCGAUGGGGGACAGCUCAGCAUAG